CGUGACCAUCCCUUAAGAUGACAUCUCCACGACUACCGAAAUAGGAAAGUCGGCCCUUUGCGUAAGAUCCGUGAAAACUGUCGUCAACAUGUUGCACUCAAUCUCACUCUCUCAGAAUUGCGAUCACAUCCGGUUCCGAGUGCGCCAAGACCCUACAACUUGUGCGUGCAGAGAAGGCAUCGUCAUCAACUUCAAUGCGCCUUGAUCCUUGUUCUUUGUCGCAGAGAUAUCACCCUCCAUCCAGCUCAAUCGCGAGCUCGCCUGAGAUAUAAGCACACCCAGACGCCCCCCAUUGCACGACACAAUGACGGCAGAAUCAUCCAAAUCUCAAAGUCCUGCCUCUGCCUCUGCCUCGCGCGAUGACUGGGAUGUCUCUGAAGCUGGACCGUUGCUUGCGCGUUUCGUUGGCGGGGGUCAACUUGCCCCAGAUGCCGACACCGAAGCCUCAACUCUGAUCGGCACCGCGUCGCCAGCCGACUAUGGAGCUGUAACUUCCUCUGGUGAUGGCACGGCAGAGGAAGCGGGUGUCGCGAAGCCGGAGGGCACACCGCUGCCCAAACUCCAGGUCUUGCUGCUCUGCUACGCGCGUGUGAUGGAGCCGAUUGCCUUCUUCUCCAUCUUUCCCUUCAUUGCGCAGAUGGUCCAGGAGAAUGGCAAUCUACCCAAGAGUGAUGUUGGUUUUUACAGCGGCCUUAUCGAGUCACUUUUCUCGGCUACCCAGAUGACGGUGCUUCUCAGCUGGAGUCGGCUCGCUGAUCGUAUUGGUCGGAAGCCUGUUCUUCUCAUCACGCUUUUUGGCACGGCUGUUGGGCCUGUGUUAUUUGGCAUGUCCAAGACGAUCUGGCAGAUGAUCCUGUUCCGAUGUAUAGCGGGUCUGUUUUCUGGCUCUGGUCUCGUCAUCAGGACUAUGCUCUCUGAACUCAGCACCCCUGAAACACAGGCCAAGGCCUUCAGCUGGUUCGCAUUUGGUGGAAACAUAGGAAUAUUCUUGGGCCCUAUAAUCGGCGGCGCCCUUGCAGACCCAGCUCAUCAAUUUCCACGAGCGUUUGGAAAUGUCCAGUUCUUCAUCGACUAUCCCUACGCGCUGCAAGGUGUUGUUGUUGGACUGAUCAGCUCUACAAGCUGCAUUACAACCGCUUUCCUUCUCAAAGAGACACUUCAUGAGCCGAAAAAGGCUCGCCAUGAAGAGAAUGGCCAGCCUCGAAUGUCAACUUGGGAACUCGUCAAGUCUCGCCAAGUGGCCCUCGUUCUUUGGGCUUACAGCCAUGCCAUGUUCCUCGCCUUCGUGUUCACGGCCAUUCUUCCUGUCGUUCUUUACACCCCUAUUAAGCUUGGAGGCACAGGCUUCAACGCGUUCCAGAUCUCCAUUUACAUGGCCAUCCAAGGUGCCAGCCAAGCCAUCUGGUUGCUCAUCGCCUUCCCCAUACUGCACCGACGUCUUGGUACGCGCGGUGUCAUGAAAAUCUGUGGAUACGCAUACCCCUGGUUCUUCGUUGGAUUCAUCAUUCUGAACACGCUUCUACGUGCAGACACGCACGCUACGACGGUCAUUUUCUGGAUCUUGGGCGCAGUGGUCACUAUCGUUGGACCUGGCGUCUCCAUGGCAUUUACAGGCGUACAGCUAGCUCUCAACGACGUUGCGCCAGAUCCUCAUUUCUUGGGCACGCUGAAUGCUCUGGCCCUGAGUCUUGCAAGUGGUAUAAGAGCCAUUGUACCAGGUGCCGCAACGGCCAUUUAUGCCGUGGGUGUUCGUGGGCAGAUCUUCUGGGGUCAUCUGGCGUGGGUGAUAAUGAUUCCUUGUGCUGUGGGUUUUACUGUGGCUUGUCAGUAUAUACCCGAGGGAAAGAAGUCUUCAAAGGAUGAUAACGAAGACGACGAGAACGAAUCGUGAGAGGAGGAUGGUUCAUUGGGGAAUGUCUAAGGAUUGACUGUACACACGAAGCAUAGCGAUUGAGAUUUAUCGUUGGUGAAAAUGUUAAUCUAUUGAUGCGUUGUCUUUGUCUUGAAGCGUUUGCAUAUGGUAGAUGCUCUGGAAAUAUCCCUAUUGUAU